CUCAUGAUGUAGGAAGUGAACAAACCAGCUACGUGUCUUGAAUCACAGAAACUUUCCAUACAGUAUGUGAUGCUAUGUACGUAUGUAUACAUGAUUACCAGCGGGCCCAGAAUUUUUGAAGAGCGUACUUCCCGAUAAUUGAAGUUUAUUAGGUAUAUCGUGUAAUAUUAUUUUACGAUCAAAGGAGGGGACUGAAUCCGCUGCUGAGUUACAAACUGUCUACUAUGAAGAUUGCCGUUCUUGGUGCAACAGGUCCAACUGGAUUGCAGUUUGUGUUGGAAGCAUUGAAAAAUGAGCAUGAAAUAUUUGCUUUGGUGAGAAAUCCUGAAGGACUUAGCUCAGUAACGAACGAUAAACUAAAGGUGAAAGAAGUGGAUAUCCUAAAAGAAGAUGACUUGGUGGAAACUUUUAAAAACACAGAUGCAGUGGUAUCAUGUCUGGGAUGUCGACCAAGUUUUUUAGGAUGGUCCCCAAUCACAUUUUAUUUAGACAGCAUAAAACCAAUUGUAAACGCGAUGAGAACGGCAAACAAAAAACGUCUUAUUUGUAUGUCUGCGUGGGGAACAGUUAGUACUCCUGAAGAACCAAGAAUAAUAAAAUACUUUUUGAGACCUAUUUUUCUGUCAAGUACCUUGAAAAGUAUGUCAGAGAUGGAAGAUUUCUUGAAAGAGUCUUGUUCGGAUAUAGACUACACCGUCGUGCGACCACCUGGGCUUACUAACGACCCUACUUCAGGAAAAGAAAUAAAAGCAGAAGAGGGACAAUGCAUUCCUGAUAUUGUUGGAAGAAUAUCUCGGCGUGACGUUGCAAAGUUUAUGUUGGAAUGUGCUAUCAGCCACGACUGGAACAAGAAAUGUGUUGCUAUAGGACUUGAAACGUAAAGAAGACAAUACCAAAAUUACUUCUUUCAUUUAU